CACUUCGCCCCGCCCAUAUGAAAGUGAAACGCAUGCGCGUUGAUGUGCGCAGAGAACCAGCAGGCGCAGAUAUGGCGGACUUGUCUCUGGAUGAAGUGAUUCGUCGGCGCAGUUUUACCGCGAGAGGAGCCAGUAAGAGGCCUGUAUAUGGCAGAGGGGCGGGGCCACUGAACAUGGCCUUUGAUGCCCGGCAGAAGAUUGGCAGUGGUGAUGUCAGACAGAGGCUGGGAGUGGGUGGAGCCAGCGGGGGGAAACGCCUCCAGAUUUCGGCUAGCGGAGCUGCAGUUCAGACUCUGUCGCGGCCGUCAGUGUUUCCGGUGAAGGACGCCAGGGAGAAGCUGGGCCAGAAAGACGCUCGGCUGCGGCUGCGGGGCCGAGGAGGUGGGACCAGUGCUGUGCAGAGCCGAGGGGGAGGGGCCAGUGCGAUGCAGGACGCCCGGCUGAUGAUCAACCUGCGCAAACAGCAGCAGCAGCAGCCGUCCGCCAGCGGCCCCGCCCCAGCCUCCGCCCGGCCCAGCGGCCCCGGGGUCCCACACGUACACAUACACAACACCAGCCCUCGCGCACACACACUCACCACCAGAGUGGGUGUGGCCUUACAGCCAGGGGGCGGGAUCACAAAAGUUGUUGAUGCACGUGAUAGGUUGAGCUUGAAGAGGAGUGUCCCUACGACGUCCAAUCAGAGCGCAGCGUCUCUAAAGAUCACCAAAACCAUCCAGCAGAGGCCUGUGGGAAUGACCAGCGGCAUCCGGAUCAACGUCCCCAGUGCAGCACCUCCGCGUGUGUGUGCUGCUGCUGAAGAUGAGGAUGAGGAUGAUGUCAGUGCUGUGAUUCCCAGCAAACAGAUGAAGAUCACUGCUGCCAGCAGCCUGCAGACACGGGCGGGGCCUGUCUCUCUCUCCGCCCCCAUCACUAAGGUGGUAAAGAACGACUCGUACACGCCCCCAUCUGUCUCGGUGCCGCCCGCUCGCCCUGCACCCCGCCCCCCCACACAGAGCCUGCAGCCCGUCUCCAGGACGACCGUUACUACGCAGCCUGCGGGCAGAGACACCAGCGCCCAGACACACACACCCACACAGCCUGUCUUCAGUCCUCUGGAAGGCACAAAGAUCACCGUGACGAAUCUCCACCCGCGGGUGACGGAGGAGGAUAUUGUGGAGCUGUUCUGUGUGUGUGGCGCACUCAAGCGGGCACGGCUGGCCAAAGUGGGCGUGGCUGAGGUGGUGUUUGUGCGCAAGGAGGAUGCAGUCAGUGCCUACAGGAAGUACAACAACCGCUGUCUGGACGGUCAGCCGAUGAAGUGUAAUCUGCACAUGCAGGGCAGCGUGAUCACGUCUGACCAGCCCAUCCUACUGAGGUUGAGUGAUACUCCUGGUUCUCCGCUGUCCGCACAGAAGGCCUCCUCCUCUUCCUCCUCCCGCUCCUCCAAGUCCUCGUCUGCAGCUGAGGUGGACCCGCAGACCAUCUUGAAGGCGCUCUUCAAGUCUUCCUCCUCCUCCUCCUCUUCCUCCAGCCAGACGGCCAGCAGUGCCAGCGAGACACCGGCCGCUCACGCCACCGCUUUCCGCAUCAAGAUCUGACACACACGCACACACACACACACACACACACACACACACACACAGACACACAGACACACAGAGGCGGUGUGUGUGCUUUUGUGAGCUGUGCUGGUCAGCUGCGCCUCCUCAUGUUUGUUUUAAUGAUUGUUUGACUGUUCUGUGACUCCAGCUUUCUGUUUUCUCCAGUAAAGUCUUUCUUUAUAAUCA